AACCCGGAAACGGAAACGUUGAAGUUGGAGGCCGGGGGAGUUGUCGAUGUGCACAGUAUUUUGAACUGCGGUGAGGUAAGGGAGCGCUCGAGGACGCGGCGCGCUGCAAACUGGUUGUAAAGAUGUCUUCCGAGGCCAACUAUGCUUUGCUUCAUACUGGGCAAAAGCUGCCUCUUGUUGGAUUGGGUACUUGGAAGAGUGACGCUGGACAGGUGAAGGAGGCAGUCAAAUAUGCCCUUAGUGCUGGCUAUCACCACAUUGACUGUGCUCCGGCUUACAGCAAUGAAGGAGAGAUAGGUGAUGCUCUCCAAGAGAUGGUUGGAAAUGACAAGGCCAUUAAGAGGGAAGAGCUGUUUGUGACUUCCAAGUUAUGGAACACCAAGCACCACCCAGAAGAUGUGGAGCCAGCUCUAAAGAAGACCCUGGAAGAUCUAAAACUGGAGUACCUGGACCUCUACCUCAUGCACUGGCCACACGCCUUCGAGCGGGGGGACAACCUCUUCCCCAAGAAUCCUGAUGGCACAAUGCGCUAUGACUACAUUGACUACAAAGAAACUUGGAAGGCGAUGGAGAAGCUAGUGGAAAAGGGUCUGGUGAAAGCCAUUGGGUUAUCAAACUUCAAUAGCCGUCAGAUUGAUGAUAUCCUUGGCAUAGCUUCUGUAAAGCCAGCUGUGCUACAGGUGGAAUGUCACCCUUACCUUGCCCAGAAUGAACUGAUAGCUCACUGCCAUCAGAAAGGGCUGGUGGUAACUGCUUACAGCCCUCUUGGUUCCCCUGACCGGAUGUGGAAGCACCCAGAUGAACCUGUGUUGCUGGAAGAACCUGGGAUAAAAAAGCUAGCUGAAAAAUACAGCAAAUCUCCUGCUCAGAUUCUUCUCAGAUGGCAAGUACAGCGCAAAGUGGUCGUCAUUCCCAAGAGCAUUACUCCUGCUCGCAUACUCCAGAAUCUCCAGGUGUUUGACUUCAACCUGACAGCGGAAGAGAUGAGCUUUAUCGGGAGCCUGAAUAAGAACUGGCGAUAUAUUGUUCCAAUGGUUACGGUUGAGGGCAAACUUGUUGCAAGGGAUGCUGGACACCCCCUCUAUCCUUUCAAUGAUCCCUAUUAACUCCAGUAGUUUAGAAGACAGAAGAUAGAAUUUCACUCAAGACUGCCCUGGGUUAUCAGACGUUUCUGGGAUUUUUGUGUCUGUGGCCUUUAUUUGUUUCUACAUGUUUAUAAAGAAAUGAAUGACAGGAAUAGAAAUAAAUUGCAAGAGACAUGUGUAAGCAUUAAAAAUAAAUGCACAAGUUUGUAAGUCCCACCUUGGUCCAAAAUUAUGCUUAUGCUAUGACAGCAGUGUUAGCCUGAUUUAACACUGAAUGUGCUCUAAUAUCACAAGCUUGCUUGCAGCAAACAUAAUUUGAAACAGGAUGUGCUUGAUAUUGCUACUGCAUUUAAUGCUAGAUGGAAAUCAUUAACCCCAAUGUGUAUUAACUGAACCAUCUCCUCCAGCUGUGUAUGAACUCUCAGGAGGAUAGUUUAAAACAACCUUUUCACAUUUUUCUGUCAAUCUUUUCCAAAAUGCCCUCCCUUAUUUACAUAUGUUUAUAUGCAUGUACUUUGUAAUGGAAGACCUUCUUUAAUUAAUUUUAUUUGAUUUUAAAUUGUUUUUCUUUCCCAUAAAGAAGAGAACAAAAUAGAAACCAGAAAGGGAGAGAGAAAAGUAGAGAAAGGAGUACACAUAAUCUUAAUCAUCACUAGAAUCCUGUAACAGGUCAGAGCUCAUAGUGACCCAUCAUGCAAACAGGUCUAUAUAUGGAGUCCAAAAUGUCUGAGGACUUGCCAGUCUGUCUCCUAUGAAGAGCCACUUCCUCAUAAGAAGCUACUGUAAACCAGUCUUCUGAUCAUUGUACUAUUGAUGGGAUUGAAAAUUACUUCUAGUGCUGAAAUACCAGCUGUUUUGCUGCCGAAAUGGUGCUCAUGAUUUAGCUAUGCAGUCCUUCAGUGAAGUGCCGCAUCAUGGAGAAGUAAUUAAGUUAAAUGUCUACAUCCAUGAAAUUCUGAUUUUUGAUUUUACAAAAGGGAGCACAGUCACCCACUCCCUUUCAUAUUCUCUAGCUCCCUGUUCCCCUCAUCCCUCAACUUACAAAAAUCCAACUCAGUGUUAUUCAGGAUGUCCUUGUAUAGAAAAACUAUUUUGUGUGCGGGGCUGAAUCAAAUCUUCAGAUAUUCCUGGUGACUUUGAUACUCUAAUAACAUUAUGUCCAAACAUGUGCACAGGUAUCUUAUACUGGAGUUGAAGGGGUACUAGUUUUUAACAUAACUUUCGGAUUGCUGCAGUAGGUUAAAGCAUUUUGAAUUAAAAGCAGACAUAUAUUGCAUCUUCAGGGAUCCAGAUCCAAAAUGCAAGCCACAGUUUUGUUAUUAGAAUUUUUCUUAGUAAAAUUGUCAGCUGUCUGGGUAUAUUGAUAUAAUGAUUCCAUUGGUUGGAGUCUUAAGAUACCUUGUCUGAAAACCUAUAUUGUCUUUUUGGUAAAUACAUUCAGUUUUGUAUAUGCUA